AUGAGUCAAGUUUUUAGUGAUGGAGUUGUGGCAAGAACCACUGAGGAAAUAAAUAGCAAUCCUUCUUCACGUAGACAUGCUGAAAGUAUUCUUCCACAUAGGCACAAAGUUACAUCUCCUCCUAGGCAAACACUUUUCCAAGAGUUCAAACAUAAUUUCAAUGAAACAUUCUUCUCAGAUGACCCUUUUGGCAAGUUUAAGAACCAAAAAGGAUCGAGAAAGUUUAUUCUCGGACUCGAGUCUAUUUUCCCGAUUUUCGAAUGGGGAAGAGGCUACAAUUUGAAGAGUUUCAAGGGUGAUUUGAUUGCUGGACUCACCAUUGCAAGUCUUUGCAUUCCUCAGGAUAUUGCAUAUGCAAAGCUUGCAUUUUUGGACCCACAGUAUGCACUAUAUACAAGUUUUGUUGCUCCUCUUGUGUAUGCUUUCAUGGGAAGCUCAAGAGAUAUUGCUAUAGGACCAGUAGCUGUUGUGUCUCUCUUGCUUGGCACCUUGCUGACAGAUGAAAUUCCUAACUUCAAUAGUCAUGAAUAUCUGCGUCUCGCAUUUACUGCGACUUUCUUUGCAGGAGUCACUCAAAUGGCACUUGGCCUAUUAAGACUCGGUUUCUUGAUUGAUUUCCUAUCUCAUGCUGCAAUUGUGGGAUUCAUGGCGGGAGCGGCCGUUACUAUUGCACUCCAACAGCUUAAAGGUUUUCUUGGCAUAAAAGAUUUCACUAAAAAAACUGAUAUUAUUUCUGUCAUGAGAUCGGUUUUUAGUGCAGCCCACCACGGCUGGAAUUGGGAGACAAUAUUAAUUGGAGUAUCAUUCUUGGCUUUCCUUCUUACAACAAAAUAUAUUGCUAAGAAGAAAAAGAAUCUCUUUUGGGUGGCUGCAAUUUCUCCUAUGAUAUGCGUUAUCGUCUCUACUUUUUCUGUUUACAUUACAAGGGCAGACAAGAAAGGAGUAGCAAUUGUGAAACAUAUUGAAGAUGGUUUGAAUCCAAUAUCGGCCGGUGAAAUAUUUUUCAGUGGAAAAUAUCUUAGUGCUGGUAUUAGGAUUGGUCUGAUUUCGGGUAUGGUAGCACUCACGGAAGCUGUGGCUAUUGGAAGAACAUUUGCUGCUAUGAAAGACUAUUCGUUGGACGGUAAUAGAGAAAUGGUGGCACUAGGAACAAUGAAUGUUAUUGGUUCACUAACAUCUUGUUAUGUAGCUACAGGAUCGUUUUCGCGGUCGGCUGUGAACUAUAUGGCUGGUUGUAGAACUGCUGUAUCGAACAUAGUUAUGUCCAUAGUGUUGCUGUUAACUUUGUUGGUGAUUACACCGCUAUUCAAGUACACUCCGAAUGCAGUGCUGGCGUCAAUUAUCAUAGCGGCUGUGAUGAGCCUUAUCGACAUUAAAGCGGCUGUUCUUCUUUGGAAAGUUGACAAAUUCGACUUUCUAGCUUGCAUGGGAGCCUUCUUUGGUGUCAUCUUCAAAAGUGUUGAGAUUGGUCUUCUAAUCGCGGUGGCAAUAUCUUUUGCCAAAAUUCUCUUACAAGUAACGAGGCCAAAGACUGUGGUGCUCGGGAAGCUUCCAGGGACAACUGUUUAUCGGAACGUCCUGCAAUAUCCCAAAGCGGCUCAGAUUCCCGGCAUGCUCAUCGUCAGGGUUGAUUCUGCAAUCUACUUCUCAAAUUCCAACUACAUCAAGGACAGAAUAUUGAAGUGGCUGACUGAUGAAGAGGCUCAAAGGACAGCAAGUGAAUUCGCCAGUAUACAGUAUCUCAUCGUUGAAAUGUCGCCUGUUACUGAUAUUGACACUAGUGGCAUUCAUGCCUUAGAAGAUUUACUAAAGAGCCUCAAGAAAAAAAGUGUCCAGCUUCUUGUGGCGAAUCCGGGACCGAUUGUAAUUGAGAAGCUUCAUGCAUCAGAGUUAUCAAGCUUAAUUGGGGAAGAUAAAAUAUUUCUAACAGUAGGUGAUGCUGUUGCAACUUUUGGUCCAAAGGGUGUAGGUUCUUGA